AUACUCAUUUACAGCUGUAUUAAAACUGUAAUGGUGUAGAUCUUAGAGUAGAUUACGGAUUAACAGUAACAAAACUUCCGAACAUAUUGGACAGGCUAAGAUCCAAUAGGAUACUGUGAUGAUAGAUGUAACUUAGUAGCGUAAUAAAAUCAGAAAGGCAGACCCAACACCCAAGUAGUAGUGGAUAAAAAUUAAGAGUAAAAAUAAAAAAUAAAUUAAAAAAAAAAAAAGGGAGUAUUAGGCAAAAGCCAAAAGGGUGGCCCUUUCCUCGCAAAAACUGAUUGCAGAUUUGCAGAGUUGAAAGUUUGAAAAACCCCAGUAGUACAGUAUUAAGUAUUUAGUGGGCUGUGUGCUGUUAUACCCCUAAUUUUGACACCGGCCAAAACAUCCCACCCAAGCAGCAGCAGCAGCAGCUAUGCAUCCCUUUGAAUUUCUGGACAAUCUUAUUCCUUGAUUAUUUCUCUGCUCCUUCUUUGGAAAUUAUGGAAUCCGCGACUACUCGCUCCAAACCUCGCCGUAAAAUCAUUUACGCCGGCAUUGUUCUCCGCCGCCGGUGGUGCCUCCGGUACUGGUUGAUCUUACCGGUGCUUUAUCUUAUAGGUUUGAUACUUUGUGCUCGUCCUCUCUCUCGACUCUUCUUCCCUCUUCCUCCACCUGGUUCUGUCUACCAUAGUCAUCAGAUCUUCCACAACCUUCGCCUCCAUAUCCUCACCGACGAUUCCCCUGCUAUUCAGCUAUCUAGUCUUUGGAUGUAUAAAAAAUUGAAAAUUGAAAAGCCUUGCAAAAUUACAUACGAAGAAACACGAAUGGAGAUGUCAGUAAAUAAUGGAUAUCUGAUUGUUGAGGCUAAUGGAGGCCUUAAUCAGCAGAGGUCUUCGAUAUGCAAUGCAGUGGCUGUUGCUGGGUUUUUGAAUGCCACAUUAGUAAUUCCACGUCUGGAAUAUCACAAUGUCUGGAUGGAUCGAAGUCAUUUUGAUGAUAUCUAUGACGAGCAGCAUUUUAUAAACACUCUUGCUGGCUUUGUGAGGGUGACUCGAGAACUACCUACAGAACUUAUGGAACAAUAUGAUCACGAGAUCAGUAAUGUACCUAUUGUCCAAGUCCCUGCCUGGUCUCCCAUCAGUUACUACCUUGAAGAAGUUUUUCCAAUCUUACGGAAUCAAGGGCUUGUUCGCAUAGCUCCUUUUGCCAAUAGAUUGUCAAUGUAUAUUCCUCCAGACAUUCAGUAUUUAAGGUGCCUCACAAACUACAAAGCUUUAAAAUUUGCACCUCCUAUAUCGGCACUUGCCAAAAAUUUAAUCAAGCGCAUGAUUGAGAAGAGUCCAAAAUCCGAUGGUAAAUAUGUCUCAGUUCACCUCCGUUUUGAAGAGGACAUGGUUGCAUUCUCGUGCUGCAUAUACGAUGGAGGAAAGAAAGAGCAGUUUGAAAUGGACUUUGUCCGAGAGAAAGGAUGGAAGGGGAAAUUUAGACGCAGGGGCACAGUAAUCAAUCCUGGCCUCAAUCGAAUCAGUGGAAAAUGCCCUCUUACCCCUGUGGAGGUUGGAAUGAUGCUUAGAGGAAUGGGGUUCGACAACAAUACAUUGAUCUAUUUGGCAUCAGGAAAACUAUAUCAGGAGGAGAGACAGUUAAGUCCCCUAUUAGAGAUGUUUCCGCUUCUAUAUACCAAGGAGUCUCUUGCAUCCCCUCAAGAGCUUGCUUAUUUUAAGGGGUACUCAUCUAGACUGGCUGCUCUGGACUAUGCAGUAUGCUUAUUCAGCGAGGUUUUCUUGACCACUCAGGGUGGAAAUUUUCCACAUUUUCUCAUGGGUCAUCGCAGAUAUAUCUAUGGGGGACAUGCAAAGACUAUCAAACCUGAAAAGCAGAAACUUGCUCUUCUGUUUCACAACACAAGCAUCAGUUGGCAAGAGAUUAAGGAUCAGGUCAAGGUGAUGCUAGUAGAAAGCAACCGGGAAGGACUUAUGAUGCCAAGAAUUAAAAAAUCUAGCAGGCACAACUCAAUUUACAAAUACCCAUUUCCGCAGUGUAGAUGUCUUCAAGAAGCUCAAAAUCUUACUGUAAAUAGAGCAAAUGUGGGUGAUGUGCUGGAUCACCAGCUAAAGCACAUAAUUUGAUACGGCUAUUCUUUUGUGAUACCAGCAUGCCAUGCCAAACGAACAUACCUUGGUAAUUAAGUAUAGAUAAAUGACCUAGUGGAAACUUAUAGACGAGGCCAUUCUUCAGACUCCAGUGAUUUUGCACGGGUCAGGCCAAGUUUUGUCUUAGAGCCACACCGAUAGAGUUAUUAUCAUUCAACGAAUUCUUCAAGGCUCAAACAGAAAGAAAAUGUCCCAUUGCUGAUAGUUUGUGCCUGAGUUCAUUUAAACGAAGUGGGAUACUUGCUGGCAGCUCUCGUGCAGGUAAUUUUAUAUCCAUUAUGAUGAUGCAUUUGUAGUCAACAUUAGGAGUUGCUGAAAAGCAAAACCAUGAGUUGAUGAACCUGCAGCCUUGAAAGUCUCAAAGCUAGGACAUUGCUUGGGCCAGUUUUGAUGUAACCCAUUGGGGCAACUACCCCUAAUUGUUAAUAAUCUUUUUUGUUAGUAUAAUAUUACGGUAGCCCCUAUAGUAGAAAUUCUGUUUGGAGAUGACCUGUUAUCCUUUUUUUGUUAGUACAAUAGAGUAUUACAGUAGCCCCUUAAAUAGAAAUUUUCUGUUUGGAGAUGACCA